GAGACCUGUGCUAGCAGGGAUUCGACCAAUGGAAUUCCCAUGUUCCUACAGUUCCCAUAAUGCUCUCGGGCACGUAAACAGGUGGUUUCGUGAAGUUACACCGUGGGCAACAACUUGAACCCCGUUUUGUUUUAUCCUAUAUUUGUUUCCUUUUUUGACAAAUUAGCACCGUUAAAAGUUUGCCGAAGUAGCUAUUAGCUGCUAAUGUUUGAAUUGUAUCCAAGGAUAAACAGAGGAAUAUCUCAUUAUUACCUCUGUAUUGAAGAAAAGUUAAAACGUGGUGAUUCAAAGGCAACUUUCUGUAGUUCUAAGGAUCGUCUUUUUUGCAUGAUUUGUAUCCAGAUCGCGACGUAUGUCAGAGAUAAUGAUAUCUUCGGAAUAUCAGCAAGAUCAAAGUGCUUCCGAGGUGAAGAGAUAUCUCCAACUGGCCACAUCUGUGUCUGUUGCGGAGUAUAAAAUGUACAGAUGAUGAUGAUGAUGCUUUUUCCCCAUGAGCUGUCAGGGUGGUUCCCAGAAGUCAGUGGACCUUUGUGAUCGUCUGUUCGACUGGUGCUUUUGAUCAGAGAGUGAAAUCACACCCUUCAAGGCCCACUUUGGGUAUUACAGAGAGCUUUGGAGCUGCUAUCCAUGCCCUCAACACCGCUCGGCUGACAGAUGGUGUGAUUAACAGAAGCAAAAGGAUGAUUCUGGACACCCUGGGCGUUGGGUUAUUAGGAACCAGGACAGCUGUCUUCAACAAGGCUCUCACGUACAGCCAGUUGUUCACAUCUGAGGAGAGGAGCAGUGUUUGGGGUAAAUCAGACAUAACUCUCCCUCCUAACUAUGCUGCAUUUGUCAAUGGCAUCGCGGUCCACUCCAUGGACUUUGACGACACAUGGCAUCCUGCUACUCAUCCCUCGGGGGCUGUGCUUCCUGCACUGCUGGCCCUGGUAGAGACACUGCCCAGCCAGACCUCUGGUCUAGACCUGCUGCUGGCCUUUAAUGUUGGCAUCGAGGUGCAGGGCAGACUCAUGAGGUUCUCCAGAGAGGCGUACAACAUCCCUGAGAGAUUCCACCCUCCCAGUGUUGUUGGGGUGAUGGGGAGUGCUGCAGCCUCAGCCAAGCUGCUGGGUCUUUCCCCUGCACAAUGCAGUCACGCUCUGGCUAUCGCAGCCUCCUCUGCUGGGGCUCCCUUGGCUAACGCUGCCACACAAACCAAACCUCUCCACAUAGGAAAUGCUGCUCGGAGAGGCCUGGAAGCCGCUCAGCUAGCCCAGAUCGGAUUGGAGGGGAAUCCAGCCAUCCUGGAUAUGGACCAUGGGUUUGGGGUUUACUACAAAGACUACUGUCCUUCAGCAGUAGCAGAUUCUGCCUCUGGCGGCUUUAAAUGGAUUCUGGAAGAUCAGAAUGUGGCCAUAAAGCGCAUCCCUGCUCAUCUGGGGAUGCACUGGGUUGUGGAUGCAGCUCUGGCAGCCCGCAGACAGCUUGAAAAUACAGUUGGGAACUUGGACCUCAGCCAGAUCCAGCACAUCACACUACGGGUACCUCCAUCCAAGUACAUUAACUGCCCCUUGCCUUCCACAGAGCACCAGGCCAGGCACUCAUUUCAGUUCAACGCCUGCUCUGCUCUGCUGGAUAACAAAGUAACGGUGGCCUCCUUCAGCGAAGCUCAAAUUAACCGACCUGCUCUGAAGAGGCUUCUGUCUAAAGUGACAGUCGAGACCCCUGAAGAUAACCCACCCAGCUUUGACAAGAUGUACUGUGAGGUCCAGAUAGAAACAGAUCAGGGGCAGACUUACACAGCCAGGUGUGAUACCUUUUAUGGCCACUGGAGGAAGCCACUGAGUCACAAGGACCUGGUGGAGAAGUUCAGUGUUAAUGCAUCUUCGGUGUUGUGCACAAAGGGGGUGGAGGGAGUGAUUGAUGUGAUAGGAAACCUUGAAAGAGUAAGUGAAUGCUCAGUCUUGGGUUCAUAUCUGAGGAUGACAAGUAGUCCACAUAGGCAGUUAUACAGCAGGAAGGUUUUCUAAUUGUACAGUAUGUGAUGAAGCCAGUGUCUCUAUGAUAAACUGUAUUUUUGUGUAAUAUUUGAAACAUUUCCACAGUGCAUGCCAUACACAUGCAUGCACUCAUCUUUUUCUUCUGUGGUGUUUGGGUGUGAAAUAAAGUGAACUGAAAAAGUGAA